AAUUUGUUUUGUAAUCACAUGCAGACAAGCUACAACUCUUGAUGGGGUAAGCUACAACUCUUGAUGGGGUAAGGGUAUCCAUUCGACUGUGUUAUGAAACACGAUUGCAAUAAUUGUUACGAAGAGAUCAAUCAUCAUCAUUCUCUAUCUCUGUAAAACUUGAAUUUGCACUCUCCACUCUUCAACAAAAAAUGAUUGUAUUAUCCAUAGCAACCUUGUCGCCAUUGAAGCCGUUGUUAAUGGUUUUUGCGGUGAUACUGACGACGUGGAGUGGUGUAAGUUGCUCGGAAUGUGAGUUCCAGGCCAUCUUCAACUUCGGCGACUCGAAUUCCGACACCGGAGGGUUUUGGGCAGCAUUUCCAGCACAGUCUGGGCCGUUUGGCAUGACCCACUUCGGAAGACCCACCGGUCGCGCUUCAGAUGGGAGACUCGUUAUCGAUUUCUUAGCUGAAGCUGUAGGAUUGCCAUUUCUGAGCCCAUAUUUGCAAUCAAUCGGAUCUGAUUACAGACAUGGAGCCAACUAUGCAACAUUGGCAUCAACAGUGCUCCUCCCAAACACUUCUCUGUUUGUGACUGGAAUCAGCCCUUUCUCUCUUGCUAUUCAGCUCAACCAAAUGAAGGAUUUCAAGGAGAGAGUGGUUCAAUUCCACUCUGCUUCUCAUGGAACAAGUAAUCUUCUUCCUUCACCAAAUAUAUUUGGAAAAUCACUCUACACUCUGUAUAUUGGUCAGAAUGAUUUUACAGGCAACUUGGCUGCUAUUGGUAUUGAUGGGGUCAAACAGUAUCUCCCUCAAGUCGCCAACCAAAUUGCUUACACUAUCAAGGAGCUCUAUGCAUUGGGUGGGAGGACAUUCUGGGUACUCAAUCUCGCGCCGGUGGGAUGUUAUCCUUCAUUUUUGGUUGAGCUUUCUCACAACAGUUCCGACGUGGACCGGUUUGGUUGCUUGAUCUCCUACAACAAAGCUGUGGUGGAUUACAAUAACAUGUUGGAAGAGACACUAAGCCAAACUAGAGAAGCCUUGAUGAAUGCUUCUCUUAUAUAUGUGGACAUUCACUCUAUCUUGCUAGAGCUAAUCCAGCAUCCCACACACCACGGGUUGAAGUAUGGGACCAAGGCAUGUUGUGGACAUGGGGGAGGAGCAUACAAUUUUAACCCUAAACUAAUGUGUGGGAAUACAAAGGUGAUCAAUGGAAGAAGAGCCACAGCGACGGCCUGUACUGAUCCCAACAAGUAUGUUAGCUGGGAUGGCAUACAUACCACAGAAGCAGCAAACAAGCUUAUCACAUCAGCAAUCCUAAAUGGCUCUUAUUUUGAUCCUCCUUUUCCGCUCCACCGGCUCUGUCGGCUGCAUCAUAUAUAGGCUGAAUCACCUGCAUUUUUGUAUUGCAAAUGCAAACAACUACAGCAACUAUAAGACAAUGAGAAAUUAAGUUGCCUUCCCAGAAGCAUUUUUGAUUCAGGUCUUCCA